CGCCUUCAGUUCUUCGCCCCUGUUAGGAAAGUGAGCACUCUGUUCGUUGAGCGAUGGCGCGCACGAAGCAGACGGCGCGGAAGUCGACGGGCGGGAAGGCGCCCCGCAAGCAGCUGGCCACCAAGGCUGCCCGCAAGAGCGCGCCGGCCACGGGCGGCGUCAAGAAGCCGCACCGCUACCGGCCCGGCACGGUGGCGCUGCGCGAGAUCCGGCGCUACCAGAAGUCCACGGAGCUGCUGAUCCGCAAGCUGCCCUUCCAGCGCCUGGUGCGCGAGAUCGCGCAGGACUUCAAGACCGACCUGCGCUUCCAGAGCUCGGCCGUCAUGGCGCUGCAGGAGGCCAGCGAGGCCUACCUGGUGGGGCUCUUCGAGGACACCAACCUGUGUGCCAUCCACGCCAAGCGCGUCACCAUCAUGCCCAAGGACAUCCAGCUGGCCCGCCGCAUCCGCGGCGAGCGUGCCUGAGUCUCCAGCUGCAGGUCUACUAAAUGCUGGAGAAGAUGACGAAGGACGACCUGGAAAGGCAAAGAGAAUCCAGUAGUUGUUUCUGAAAAGUCACCUCUCUUCUAUUUUCCCAAUACAUGGAGACCACUGGCAAUGAGAAGGUUUUGUGGCUUCUGUUUGGGACCACAUCAGCUGAGGAAAAGAAAGUGGCUGUCACGACUUGGCGGAUUUAGCACAUGGGAGACCUGUAGGAAAUAGGCUUAUACUUUCUUGAGAGUUAAAGACAAGUCUUGUGUAUUUGAUGUUAAGAAAACUGAGUCAGUACAGGACCAUGCAUGGGGAGAUCAAAGCCUAACACUUAGCAGAAUUUAGUUCAUUCAAUAAAACUUGGUGGUCAGGGAAUUACUCUUGGCCUUUGGUUCAAUUUUUUUGGUUGUCCCAAGUCAGUCACUGUUUUAGUAUUUUGUGGACGUCAAGUUUUCUACAAAUUCACAAAUAAAGCACAGAGAUUUCUAUGGAUUUUGCUUCUUAGCUUGCAACAUCUUUUCUGGUGUCCUUGACAAUGGACUCCAGCCUGUCCAAAACCCUUCUGUAAAUGUUACCAGCCAAAUUGUUCUGA